AGCGAAACCGCGGCACCCAACCUACCCCCACCCCCACCCCCACCCCACCCCACCAGAGCUCCGGCGGCGGCGGGCGACCCAGGCGAGAACACGAGCAGCCGGGAGACGAUGGCGACGGCGACGGCGCUCAACCGCGGCCUCCGCUCCGGGAUCCGCCUCCUCGCCACCGGCGCCGAGGCCUCCAAGACAGCUUCUCGUGGAUUCCAUGCCACUAGUGUGAAGAGGAUGGGAGGGCAUGGCCAUGAUGAGCCUUACUACCUCCAUGCCAAGCACAUGUACAACUUGCACAGGAUGAAGCAUCAGAAACCGAAGGUGUAUCUUUCCGUUCUGGGAGCAGUUGGCAUUGGCAUCGCAGUCCCACUUUAUGCAGUUGUUUUCCAGCAGAAGAAGACCGCCUCCGCAUAAGCUCUGCUACAUAAUGAAUUUACUUUCAAUAGCAAUCCGUGAAGUUCAAGUUGGGGCUUCACUUUACCUUGUUUACUCCAAUUUCUCUUGCCUGAAGUUGUAAUCUCAUUUUCAUGGCGUUUGAUGUAGGACUACUGCUUUUUGUUAAUAAUAUCAUGGCAUGAACUUUCCAGGCUGUGGGGAAGUCCAGCAGUGAGAACUUAUCUUUUUGGUUUUCGUGUU